CCUUCGCCGGCAGCGCCGGCCGCCUCUUCUCCUCCUGCCAAGCCGGGGCUUCCCCCAAAGUGACCUACACCCCCUACCCGGAGGACUACGGGGACAUCGAGAUCGGUUCUCACCGCAGCUCCGGCAGCAGCAGCACCAAUCUGGGCCCGCCGGCAGUGGGGGGAGGAGGGGGAGAUGAUGACGGCUACAUGCCCAUGACCCCCGGUGUGGCCGCCGCUUUAGGGCAGGGAAGCCGGGGCAGCGAUGAUUACAUGCCCAUGAGCCCCACCAGCGUGUCUGCCCCCAAGCAGAUCCUGCAGCCCCGGGCAGGGGUGGGUAGCGGGUCCCCGGGGAACGGGAGCAGCUGCAAGACCAGCUCGCCUGGGGAGAGCUCCCCUGACGAUAGCGGGUACAUGCGGAUGUGGUACGGCUCCAAGUUGUCCAUGGAGAGCUCAGACGGAAGGCUGAGUAACGGCGACUAUAUCAAUAUGUCCCCUCGGGACCCCCAGAAUGGGCCCCAAGCUCCCUCCCUCACCCCCCCGGACUUCUUUUUUGCCCCUUCAGGGCAUGGGUCCAGUGAGCCCCCAAAGCCCAGCUGCUAUUCAUACAGCUCCUUACCCCGCUCCUACAAGAGCCAGGGCUUGGCAAAGGACAGCGACCAGUACGUGUUCAUGAACUCCCCGGGGAGGAUGAUCCCGGAGGAGGCGGUGUGUGGAGCAGGCACCUUCGCCCCCUCCAGCCACACGGUGCCUUCGCCCCUGCGGCACAGCCGGACCGAGAGCUUCCUUAGCCAGCGGUGCCAGCGGGCGGCCCGGCCCAGCCGCCUCUCCUUGGAGACCUUGCGGACCGUGCUGCCCAGCAUGAACGAGCACCCUCUGCCGCCGGAGCCCAAGAGCCCCGGUGAAUACAUCAACAUUGACUUCGGGGAUGCUGCCGUCUAUUCUCCCCCUUCGCUGCCUGCUGACAGCCCAGCCUCCUCCCUGGGCUCAGGCACGGGGCAGAGGCGCUCCCCUCUCUCUGACUACAUGAACAUUGACUUCGGGUCACAGUCACCCUCCCAGUCGGGCACGGUCUCUGUGGGCUCCUUGGAAGCUCUCUCUCCGGGUUCUUCCUCCAGCACCAGCCAGCCCAGUGGGCGCUACCUGAAGGCGGCUGUGGGGAUGGCUUGUUCGUCCAGCCCAUCGGAUGGUGGUGACUACACCGAGAUGACCUUUGGCAUGGCCACUACCCCACCUCAACCCAUUGUUCAGAAACCAGAAAGUGCCCGGGUCACCAGCCCCACGUCUGGUGUGAAGAGGCUCACUCUCUCUGGGGUGGAGGCUUUCAUUCUCUCCAGCCCUCCCCCAGACCCGAAUCGGGGGGCCAAAGUAAUCCGGGCAGACCCCCAGGGGCGGAGGAGGCACAGCUCAGAAACUUUCUCCUCCACCACCACUGUGACCCCAGUGUCCCCCUCCUUCGCACACAACCCCAAACGACACAACUCAGCCUCGGUGGAGAACGUGUCCCUCAGGAAAAGCGAAGGCCUGGAGGAGGAGCAGGGUAGCAGUCCCAUGUGCCGGGAGACCUCGGCUGGCUUCCAGAAUGGCCUCAACUACAUCGCCAUUGAUGUGGUCGAUGGGUCCUUGGCAAACUGUGACAAAUCCAGAUUGAAAGCUAGGCACCUCCUGAAUGGGGGCAUCAAUGGAGUAGAGAUGAGCACCUAUGCCAGCAUAGACUUUCUGUCUCACAACCUGAAAGAAGCCAGUGCUGUGAAAGAGUGAAGGAAUUAGUUUUCUCAUCAUGACCUCAAACAACAGAGUACAACAUUCAAAGAAGCUGCUCGGCAUAUACCUUUUUGUUUAUUUGUUAUUUUGGUUUCUGUUUUUGGGAACUGAAGCUGCUUAACGUUUACUUUUUAUUGUUGUUAGUGUUGGCCCUAACAGUUGCAUAAUUGUUGUGGGCUAAACCGUACAACAAGUUUGGGAGGAAGGGAAGGCAACCUGCCUAACUCAUUACCUGUCAUGGCAUCUGUGUUAUCAUUUUGCUGCUGUUUCGACAGAAGUUGGAGAUGCUCUUCAAAUCAUAGGAACUUUUCUGCCGGCCUCUUUAACUAAUGGCCAAUGCCUUCAUUUUCUUUUUCUUCAAAGACAAACUGUUUUUCUUCUCUGGCAUAUUAGGGGAUUCUGUAACACCUGCUGAAGCAGCAAGAUCUGGUAUUUACUGGCAUAAUUUCAAGCCUACGACAGUACUACCUCAGUUCAAAGUAAAGCCGGAUUUGCAGAGUUGGUGUGGACAGGAACUCCUUUAUCUCUGUGCUGAGUCUCUCAAGAACGGUCGCCAGCCUUACUGAACUUGCAGCUUGUACAGCUGCUGCUGCUGCUGGAUUUUGAAUCACUAGCCCCAGGGUUUACUUCUCAGUCAAAGCCUAAACAGGGCACUGAAAAGUAUAAAAUGGGAUGAAACUCUGUGAAUCAGACUUGGACAGAGGAUUCAGAGUAGUUAAAAAGUAUAAAAUGUGUAACUGAAGUAACAUAAGUUAAAAACAUCAACCUGUAUUAGGGGCAUCUCUGUACCUUUGACACACUUGUUUAAUCCUCUCUAUGUAGGUGUUUAUGUAGGUACUUCAGAUUGCAAAAGCCUUUUCUUCUAUUUACAAGCUCACUUUUGUCAGCUAACUGUUCUUAGCUGCAUUUCUUGUAACCAAAAAUCCACAUAAGCAUGCUAGGAAUGCAGGGAUGAUAAUGGGUAUCAGGCAGAUUCAAGAGCUAAUGUUAACACAGUAUUAUCUUGCCAUCUAUAGAGUCCUGAUAUUUGCCUUUUACCAAGAAAGCACCAUUGUAGCUGCAGGCACUACUGCAGGGAAGACGAACCAUUGCAGUCACUUAUCCUGAGUUCUUUUCAAGGCUAGCUGUGCAUCACAUUUCCAGUGGUCUGAAAAUCUGAGUGGUGUGGCAGCAACUGUCACAAAAGUCACAUCCAGCUGUUGCACCAGACUAGCAGAAUGUCAUGCCACCUUGUUUCUCCUUUGCUUGAAGUGUUUGUGUACAUUUUAAGGGUACCCCACCAGUGCCUGCUCUGAUAGACAUGUAAGUAUUACUAAGUUAUGAGUUAUGUGAGGCUCUUUCAUUUUUUUUCUUUAAUCAUUGUGCUUAGUGGAACCUGUACUUCACUUUUGACAAUGCAUUAUCUUCUUUUGAGAUUUUAUUUUUCUGAGGAAGAGUCAAUGUCUUACAAAUACAACGAACGGCAAUGCAGUCUUCCUGCUUAAAUGCUGAAUUUUUAGAACUGAGGAUUGUAUUACAAGACAAAGAUGAAUGUAAACUAAUUCCUUCCCUACUCCAUGGCACACUUUAUUUUUCAGUGUAAUUUUUGGGGUCUUAAAUCACAGCAAUGCUUAGGUUUAUAAAAUGUUAGAUCUAAAAUCAACUUAAAUAUCUGAUCUGAUUGAGUUUUUCUCUAAUACUAAUGCUGUAAAUGGUUCUAAGACAUUCUAAAAUGCUGCUUGUUCAAGUCUGGAACUAAAAAAUCCUGCAUACCUUUGACAUUUUUUGUCUGACCCCUCUCCACCCCCAGCCAGCACUGAGUGUGGUACCUGCUGAAUUCAGUGUUUUGAACGCCUCUAUUUUCAGAUAUCCCUCUGAAUCAAUUAAGAAAUCAUGCCACUAAAACAAAUGGCUAAACUGCAUACAACAACCUAAAAAAAAAAACAACUUGACAAAAUAAUAAAAUAUUCUCUAUCCUGUAUAUUUCACAAAGGCAUAUGCAAUACUUACAUUCUUAAUUUAGUUUACAGAAUGGAACCAAAAUGUAUAAAUGUUAUGUUUGCUAAAACUUCACAAUGUAUAUUGGGUCUUUGUACAUUUUGCCUGACUUACCUUAAAUUUAAAAUAUUUUUUGCUAUAUAACCUUAACAGUUAUUAAGCAGUGUUUUCUUUUUGGGUACGUAUUGUUUCUGGAUAUCAAGAUGUUAAAUAUAUUUCUUGCUAUUGUGAUAUGACAAGAGACUUAACUUAUCUUGCUGUGUCUUCCAAUGUACACGCUGUAUAUAAGGAUAAAUGUGAUGCUGCUGGAGACCAGAAUAAAUGGAACUAGAGUAGUGUAUUGUAUUUAGUCUGUAUUGUUCAUGGAUGCUCUCCUUAAUAGCCAUAUGCAAUAAAAUACAUUAUUUAUGAAAGGAAUAAAGUAUUUGUGUGCCUAUUUU